UUGUCUCGUUCUUCUUAGUCAUUCAUCUGCAAUCACUAAUUUCGCUUCCUAAAGCUUUUAAGGUGUCCCUUGUUAAUCGCAUUUUAGCCAGGGGGUGUCGGUUGUAAUGGUUACCACGCUAUAAAUAUGGAUGUUGUCCAAAUUUUCGUUCUCUGAGGAUUCGAAGGCGGCGGCGCUAUCACACGACACUUAAGAAAUUGAUGACUUGCUAAGCGGAGUUGCAGUUUUGUGACUGUUAGACAAAUUAUAUGCAAGAUGUCAAAUCCUGCUACUUUACCAACACCUGUGAAGGACGUCCAAGGUGAUAACAGAUGGAUGAGCAUGCAUGAGAGAUUUUUACAUGAUGGCAAGUUUUCUCCAUGUAAUGUUUUAUUCAUUGGCGACUCACUGAUUCGCAAUAUGAAGGAGACUGAGGCUUGGGAUACUUACUUUGCACCCCUAAAUUCUCUUAAUUUUGGAAUUGGAGGAGAUUGUACAGAGCAUGUGUUGUGGAGAAUAGAAAAUGGAGAACUGGAUAAUAUUAAUCCCAAGGUUGUUGUAUUAUUGAUUGGAACAAAUAAUCAUCACAGUACAGCAGACCAAGUUGUAGAAGGAAUUGAAUCAGUUGUAUGGAGUAUAACAAGCAAGCUGCCUUCUGCAAAAAUCAUUGUACUGGGUCUACUUCCACGAGGAAAACAACCAAACCCUCUCCGCGAAAAACAUUUCCAGGUGAACCAUUCACUCAAAGAACUGAUUGAGGCCAUACCAAACUCUCUAUAUCUGGACUCGGAUCCAGGCUUUGUCAGAAGUGAUGGAGUUAUUAGUCACGAAGACAUGUUCGACUAUCUUCACAUGACCAGAAAAGGAUACAAGAAAUUCUGCAAACACAUCUCAGAAGUCAUCGUUAAAUUUCUGAAAUAUUAGGUAUUAGUAAAGACAGUUUGUGCGUGACGUCUCGUUUACCAUUGGUUGUGCGUAAAAAUGGAAAAAAAUGUAUAAAUCGCCCGUAUUGGUAGUCUCCUUCGCAAAGGCUGUUUGAUAUUGUCACGCAAUAGUGCGUUGCGAUAUCAGAUAUUACGUUACGAGAUUUUGCGUUCCACGAUAUUGCGUCACAAGAUUUUGCGUUACGAGAUACUGCGUUACGACACUUAACGUUAGGAGAUAUUGCAAGAUAUUGCGUUGCGACAUCUUGAAGUGCAAGAAAUUAAUUUCAUCAAUAUGAGUGAUUAAAUAAUGUGGUGGGGAAUAUGCUAUUUUUAUUCAAACUAUUUCUCCUGGUUUGAUUCCCUGUAAAAAUUUGACUUUUAUCCAUGUGGGUAAAAGGCACCUGUGUUCGCCGCCUUUCUUCAAUUCAAGAAAUACCUUUAAAAAUUAUGUAUUUAAAGACGAGGGUAUGAAAUUAAGUUUUCGAAAGUAAGAGGAAUGGCUUAAAUUAUUUCUUCCCUCCGUGGAAACGAAACUAACUUAAUAUAUGAAUUAAGAGUAAAACUGCAGGUCAAAAUUCAAAAAGGAAUUUAAUUUCUCAGCGUUAUACAUUAUGGAACGACUUCGCUCGUCUUCUGGCAUGAGCAUGAAGUCGCGUCAAAUUCAAUUAGUGAUAUGACAUCCCGAGACUGGAUCUUCGCAGAUCUUUGGUCGUUAAGUAGAUACAUUAUAAUACAAUGAAAAAUUAAAACUAUUAAAAAUAAUUUAAAGGUCACUGCCAGAACAACCCAUUCAACUUUAAUAUUUUAAAACAUUUGGGAAACAACUGACUAGUUUCUUUUGUCGUUUAUGGCUUAAAAAUAUAUUUGCAUUUUUUUUAUAAUUGCAAAAAUUCGUGUUUACAGUACAAUUCAUCAAAAAACAUCACACGUAAGUUCAGUGUGGGUAAGAAUAGUUAGGAAGUGUGAAAAAAUGUUAAUUAGAUUGAA